CGUCGGUAGUGGUGUCUGGGUAGGCCGCAGCGAGGCGUAGAGCCGGCCUCGCCGCCAUGCCCAAGUACUACGAGGAUAAGGAGGAGGACGGGCGGGCCUGCGGGGGGGUGAGGGAGGACCUGCGGCAGUGCCUGCUAGAGAGCCCCUGCGUCCUGCAGGAAAACAAAAGCCCUAAACAAUGUUUGAGAGAAGGACACUGUAGGAGUUUGCAAAUGACAUUUUUUGCAUGCAAAAGAUCAAUGUUGGAUACCAGGGCAAGAUUCAGAGGAAGGAAGGGAUACUGAAGUCCUUGUGAAGAGACUGAGCCAUGGGAAAUCAGGGUUCAUCAGCGCUUUAAGCAAAAGCGAGACUGAAGUAAGAAGAUUGUAUCAUCUGCUGCAUCCUUUCAUGCAGUAUUUUUGUGAAAGGUAUCUACUCUUGAGUAUUCCGAUAGAUUGACCUGGAUGUGCGUUUAAAUGUUAAAAAGAAGGCAAGCAUAAAACUGCAAGUUCUGGCCAGAAUGGGUGCUUGUCACGCACUUGCAAUAAAAUACGUAAAAUCCAGAAUAAGCUGCAGAAGUUAUCAUUGGGUUUUGAAGUGAAGUUGUCUUUUGUGGUUUUACUAAUUCUGAUCACGUUUUACUAUUACAAAUAAUACAAGGUAUGAAACUGGGAGUUCACUCGACUGGUAUCCCAGAGGAUACCUCAGGAUAGACCUGUUUCCAGAGGUGAUGAGUUGACCAAGGUUGUGAAAUGUAUGUGCAAGCUGCUUCCUCCCCAAUAGGUUUGUUACACAAUAAACCUGCACUAAUAGGUAGGAGUGGCGAUGUUUUUGCAGUCCCACAUAUACAAGGAUGGCAUCUCUUGCUACAAAUUCCUUUUAAUGUGAUGAUUGAUGUACGUAGUUAUUAGCACAGUCUAGUCUUGUUGGACAACUAGAUUAAAAUUUGGUUAUUCUAAAUUAAAAGAUGUCUGAUUUAUCUUUCAGUAAUCUGUCUUCUCAUUGUAUUGACACAAGUCCAAGAGAACUAUAGCAUUAUUCUAGUCAAUGACUUGAAAGCUAUAUGCCAGGAUGUAUCUAAUUAUGUAUCUUUGGAUGAGUGAGAAAGGUGUUCCUCAGGCCAACCGUUAAGGAGACCAUGGCUGCUAUUACUGUGUUCUAGAAGUAUUUACAACAGUAUUUAAGUUCCUCUGAGAUGACCCUGAAUGAUCUUUCUGCAUUAUUUUCCAAGCAAGUGUAUAAAUACUAAUCCAAACGUAUGUACAAAUGACAGAUGAUGACCUGGACUUUAUUGCGUUUAUAGGAAGUUGUGUUCCACAAAUUUACUUUGUACUUUGUGAGCAUUUUUCUUGUUUUUACUUUGUCAUUUCUUUCUGAAUUCUUUGGUUCACAUUUAUGGGUGUAAAAUGUUCAAACUGCCAUCCACAUUCAUUUAAAUUGUAACUAGUUUCUGCUGUAUUCUUCUUAAAACUUGCUCUUCCUUUAGAAUUUUUCUGUGCUUAGUCACAUUUUAUAUAGUUUCAUAAGUUAUAAAACAGCUGUAGUGAAAAAGCAAAGAAAUUAAUAGAGGAAAAUAUUGUUUUGCUUUCCUUUGAUCAAGGAUGACUGUGGCAGAUCUGUCUGCAAUAUGACAGUGUUCUUUGAGACAUAGAUAACAUCUGUCAGUUAGUCUCUCUUGCCCCACCCUGGUAAGGAAGCAGGAUUUAUGGGGGUAACAAGCAUUACGUAGUGCUUAAACUGUGACUGUGGUCAAUAUUUACUGCUUCUGUUAAAGAACUCGUUUCUGAAGAAUAUUCCUUUUUCCUUCCUUCAGUGUCUCUACCUCCUUCCCUGCCUUUUGAAGCCUUUAAGAAGUAAAUAACUCUUACAUGUGGAAACAAAUAACUUCAGACAAGCUGAUUAGAAACAACAUUAGGAAACAGUGAGAGGGGAGAGAGUCAUAGCAACUUCUUUUCUCGGCUAAAGCUUAUAGCCGUGUGGCUGAUUUACACUUAGUCUGAACAGAUGCAUGCAACACUUACUGUUUGUAAAAUUGAUGAAUUCAGUGAAUGAGUGCAUGUUGAUUAUUUAAUUCUGUCUGUCUUAAGCAACAGCUCUGUGAUCAGUCAAAGUAUGUUUAUAUUCCUUGUAUGUGUAGGAUUUUAUUUUUGCAAUCAUAAAUCAACGCCGAUUUCACAUUUUCGUGUUCUGUUGAUCAUGUGAAAGCUAGUUCAUUUGUUGAAGUGCUGUAAACAUCCUUUGUUUUCCACAGCCUAGUUACCAUAUUAUCUCUUUACGUAUAGUAAAAUGAUAAAUUGAUGUGAUGUCUAUAAGAGUAUUCUUAACUUAGCACUCUGAUUUCGAAGUAUUACUCAGAAGCCUUCUCCAUGGGGAAAAAAAAAAUUUAAAAAAGGGAGUAAAAAUAAAUCUAAAGCUACUUGGCAGGUAAUUAAAUCUCAGUUAGAGAGAAGAGUGGGAAUGGUAUGUGGUUUUGAUAGUCAAGGACUCUUCCAUGGUCUGCCCUGCCACAGGGGACUAUGGGCUUGAUGGUUCAGGUGGUCAGUUCCUUUCUCAGCCAUAAUCACUGAGCCUCACCUAAUGGUGCUGCAGAAACUCCUUUUGGAAAGGCGCAGGCAGGUAACAGAUCAUAGACAGAUAACUAGUUAAAGUUAUUUUUAGUAAUUGGCUUGAUCCAGUGGAGAUCAAGUGUUAAAAUUAAAUGCAGUGUUUGCUAUUGGACAUUUAAGGAUUUAAUUAAUUUAACAGAAUACGUAUAUUAUUUGAUCCAAUAGAAUCUUAGUGUCAAAACUUCCUAAUGGUUUACUAAGCUAUCUAGGACAGUAUAAAAAUACGUAUAAUAUGUAUCAAAAUACUGGCUCACUCAAGAGACUAUCGUUGUUCAAUGCCAAUAUUGUGUAACAUAAUAUUCUGUCUAAAAAUGACUAAUUAUAUAAUUGCCUUGGGACUUUGAGCACUGUCCUACUUGAGAACUGUUAAUGUUUCUUGUGUGAAAAAGAAUUUGUUUCAUUAAUGGAAAGCCCUAAGUAUUUUUCCUAAUACUCAAAAAUGUUUUUAUUUGAAUAUAUUGAUAUUUUUAAGUCUCAUGCCUUGUGCUACACCACUGGCUUUUAGUAAAAAAAUACGUAUUUCUAGUCUAUGGUAGAUUUUGCAAGAUUGAACGUGUAAUGUAUUUGAAUCUGUGAAAUUGGACUGCUGAGGACAAAAGGUUGAAAUGGCGCCAAAAGGCUCUUACUGGUUUUAGAAUCACAAAUAUAUGCAGUGUUAAUAAUUUGUAUUGAAUAAGUACAGGACACAGUUUGCAAAAACCUUUCGCUGCUACUCGAAUUUCUCCCAUUUGUUUUACAUGGUGGCAGAGUCAAAGGGUGCUGAAUGCUCUCGAGAUUAACGUCGCAGACUGUGGCCCGUCAGUGUUAGAACCUGUCUGUGCUACUACAUCUAGUUUCAUCAAUUAACAUGUUCUCUCUGUGGUCCAAUCCUGCAAACAUGGUUGUUUUUACAUAGCUGUAAACACAUAUUGCAGAACUACUCACAUGUUUAUUAUGAUAAAAAAUAGGCCAUAAUAGUUUACUCUGGUUUGAAAAUUCUUUAGGUUGUUAACUCUGUUCUUUCAAGUUAGUAUGAAGUGAUAAGCAUAUUGUUUAAGCAGAAUCUGUUUAAUGAAGGCCCAUGUGUACAUAUAUUGAAAAGUGAGAGAAAAGGUUUGGCAUUCAACAAGUAUGCAUGCAUUUGUUAUUUAAGUUAUGCCUCUUAAAAGGAAAGACAAAGCAUCUUUAAAAAAAAAAACAUAACACUUUUGAAAGUAAUUAUGCUUCCAGAAUGUGUGCAUUUUUAUUACAAAGAGCUUUGUUAUUCACUGGUUGCCGUAAGAAAUUGGUUGUGUAUUCUCUCUUCACUUUCAUGUUUCUGGGGAGUAGCAGGUUGGAUGAUAGGCUUUUUUUCAAAGUAAACUUUUAAAAUAAUACUAUUAUUUCAGUGGAAGCCUGGAACAAACUAGACUGACACCUUCUGCUCAUAAGAAGAGCACUAAGUGAAAUCAUCUUCUAAAAAUGCAGCCACAGAAUGUAGGUGGUAAGCAGUAUCUGUUGUUUAAGCCUUUGGUUGGAAAACAGAAAUACAGAACUGUAGCAGCUUUGUUGACAUGAUGAAUUUCACAAGUACUCGUGCUGCCUUAGCAGUUGAUACGUGGUCAUUUAGAAUAUGUGUAUUUAUUCUAAAUAUGUAUCUCAUUGUCUAAAGCUGAAGAGCAUGACAGAGUUUAAAUUCCGUCAUAAACUGUAGUUGACAGAAUAGUAACCAGAAACCUUAAGAUCCUUUCUCCUUUUUCUUUUUCCAAAUGUGCAUGCUGAAUUGUUUGUCUCUGGCAUGGUUUUGCUGCAGAUAUCUUCAGAAAAUUAUUAACCAUUUUUUUCUGUCAGUGGUACACUCCAUGAUGAUUUGAUUGACUCUCUGUAGGAAGAAAACUCUCUAAACAUAGAGAGCAACUUCUUGAAGUGGACUAUAUUUUCAAGAUUUACAGUAGGUUGAUUAAUAAUGUCCUUAAACGUUGAAAGGAGAAGGAGCAACAAGAUUAGCAUUUUAAUAGCUGCUUAAUGAUGUCAGUAGCAGGUGAUACAUUUCAAAUAAUGUAUUUUAGUAGAGAAACAUUGAAAUUAUUUUUUAUAUCGAGCUGAGGUUUGUUUGCCCUGAUGAAAGCUUUCAUGUGCCAUUUUCUUUCUUUGCGUGUAGGUACUAUUGGGCUGCAGUGACAUGGAAGGGAAUAAUUUCUUAAAGAUUUUUAGUAACAGAGGCAAUGAUACAAGCGAAUCCAAAACUAUUUUUGCAAUAUUGCUACUAUUACUUUAAAAGGAGCUGGGGAAAAACAGCGAAUAUGGAAAUUGGCUUGUAAUUCAUAAGUUCUAAUGAUAAACCGUGCUACUGUAAAAUUCUAUUGUGUUGUCCUUCAUUAUCAUGAAGGAUAAGGAAUAUAGACUUUUUCUGUCAAUCUGUGGCAGGAAUUUUUGAGGCUUUUUUGGUGGGGGAAGUUUUGAAGUCUUUCUGGUACGUAGGUCUCGGAGGUCUAGUAUUUGAUAGAUACUGCUUGUCUCAGGCUUUUGAUUCUGUAUCAGCCAUAGCUCUCUAAUGGCUAUAGCAGGAUGGUUUCUGGAAAUCUGAGUGGGAAGAAAUCUUACAGGUUGUUGGAUCGCUAGCAUACUGAGGAGGAUGAGGGUAAAUAGGCAAUGUGCUGAGGGGAUUGAUUAUCAGAUGUGUAAAAUUUUGCAUUGCUCAAUAUAAAGGCAGAAACUACAUAAAGCCCGUUAUCAGCUGAGACGGGACAUCCAGUGAGGUGUCCCUUCCUGCUUUGUAUUAGCAGUUAAGAGACUUUGACACCUUUCAUCUAGUCUGACCUCCUGUGAAGGUUUUUAUGCUAGAGAAAGGCAUUGGCUCUUGAAAAGGGCAUAAAAUGUAAUCUAUGUUUUCUUUUGAUAGUGUAUUUCAAUAGCUAGUAAUCCCUCUGUUAAAAGUGUGUGUCUGUCUUGUGAUUAGAAUUUGGCUUCAGCUUUCACUUACAGGAGAAGGGGAGGGAUGGCUCUGCAAAAGAGGUCAGUAGUAGCUUGUAUUUUCCUGCUGAAUGCAUUUAAAACUAAAAAAAAAAUAAGCAUGCUCUUAGUAUUUUUUGAUGAAAAGCAUGGAUUGACUUCCUAAAAUCUUGUGUUAUGCCUGUCUUCCUUAGUCCCCUCACAAAUUUGUAAUCUCCUUUUAAGAAGGAGACAAACCCCUGUUACGGGUGUUUUCAGUGAUCUACAUAUGGGUAAAAUCCACUUAUUCCUUGUACGCUAUUGAUUGUGCUUCCAAGAUGCACGUCACAUUUUGUCACAGUGUUAAGUUGGGAUCUCGUGUUCAAUUCCUUGUCCGUUAUGACCCUGAUGCCUUUUUCAGAGUCAAUAGUUUUUCAGUCUGCUGUUUUCCCAGUGUUCAAGGUAUGGCUUUGUAUUCUUUUCCUGGAUGUAUAACCUGAGAUUUGGCUGUUUAAAAAAAAAAAUUUUUUUUUUAACAGUCUGCUGUAUCAGCUGUUCCAGAACUCUUAAUGUGAUGGUCCAGUUCUUUUGUUCACCAUAGUGCCAGCUUUUGCGUUGUCUACAAAUAGAAUCAGCAGUGAGUUCAUACUUGCUUCCACAUCUUUGAGGAGAAUGUUGAAUAGUCUUAAACCUGGUAAUGGUCCCAGGGCAGCUUUCCGAGUGCCUCUACUCAAAUACAACUGCCCUCUGCCAAUUAGUUUUUGAGGUUUGUUACUUGAAUUUUCUUAAUCAAACAAAUCUAUAAUCUUACCAAAAAAUCAGGUAAAUGAUAAACCUGCCUACCCUAUCUAUUCCUACCCUGCUGGCUUUUCUCUUACUUUGCUGUGGGUAACUCAGACUGCUCUGCCUGUAAAUAACAUGGUGGUUCUCCACAUCCUCCUUCAGCACUGGUGCGACAUAAGCACCCUUGUGGUCUGUCGGGUUUUAGUGCUGUUCCGGUUCACUGAUGCUAAGUGAACAUCAGUAGUAAACACCGUUCUUCCAGGGUCCUUGGUGGGGAGUUGUCCAAGCCUGCUGUUUUUAAAAGGUUGUAUUUUGGUUCAUUAUGAUUAAAAAUUGUCAUCAGCUACAAAUAAACUACAAUGUUUUGUA